GGGCCCCACCGUCCGAGUCCCAGCGUCCAGCCCCGCGGAGCGCGUCCGCAUUGUCCGCUCGCGACGCCUGUGAGUGCGUAGUCCGCGCGGCGGAACGUGGCGUGGACGCCGGACGUUCAGUCUCGUCCUGCCGCUCGUCUCGGGCGUUUUGGCCGAGGUCGUUGGCAUCACUGAGAGUGACCGUGCCUGAGAGCUCAGGGCCCCCUGCACCCAGGACUAACAGCACACCCUCCUCCCAGCAGGAUUCAGAGAGAAAAAUACCCAUCUUCCUGGGACAUGGCAGGUAAGAAAGUGCUCAUCGUCUACGCACACCAAGAGCCCAGGUCUUUCAACGGGGCCCUGAAGGAUGUGGCGGUGGCUGAACUGAGCCAGCAAGGCUGCAGCGUCACCGUUUCUGACCUCUAUGCCCUGAACUUUGAGCCCAGGGCCACGGGGAAGGACAUCACUGGCAGCCUCUCCAACCCCGGCUUCUUCAACUACGGUGUGGAAACCCACGAGGCCUACAAGAAGCGGUCUCUGAGCAGCGACAUCAUCGAGGAGCAGAAGAAGCUUCAGGAGGCCGACCUGGUGAUAUUCCAGUUCCCGCUGUACUGGUUCAGCGUGCCAGCUGUGCUGAAGGGCUGGAUGGACCGGGUGCUCUGCCAGGGCUUUGCCUUCGACUUCCCGGGCUCCUACGACGACGGCCUCCUCAAGGGUAAACUGGCCAUCCUGUCCUUGACCACGGCCGGCACGGCCAGCAUGUACUCCAAGACCGGCGUCAACGGAGACUUCCGGUACUUCCUGUGGCCCCUCCAGCACGGCACGCUGCACUUCUGCGGAUUUAAAGUCCUCGCCCCUCAGAUCAGUUUUGGUCCUGAAAUGGCAUCCGAAGAAGAAAGAAAGAGGAUGGUGGCCUCCUGGGCGCAGAGGCUGAAGACCCUCUGGGAGGAGGAGCCCAUCCACUGCUCGCCCCCGUGGUACUUUGGGCAGUGAUGGGGGCCAUGCCGCACUGCGGGGGCCACGCGGGGGGUGUGCACGUGUAAUGCCACGCCGGCGCGUGUAAUAAAGGGUGUCACGACA